GUUGUUGGAUUGCUGGCAGUCUUCGAAGACAAAGCAUUGGUUUACCUCGUAUUCGAGGCGUGCAUGGGGGGUGACUUAUAUGCACAUCUCAUACGCAAUCGUGGUACAUUACACGAGGAGUACCUCGUAACAAAGGUUGUCUUUCCGCUGCUGUCCGUUCUGCAACAACUACACAAACUGCACAUCAUCCAUCGAGACAUUAAGCCAGAAAAUAUCUUCCUUACGGAGACGGGUGAAAUAGCCCUGGGUGAUUUCGGGCUUGCGGGUCACAAGUUCCAGGACCGGAUGACGGAGCGCGUCGGCACGUUAGACUACAUGGCGCCUGAAGCAUCGGAUGGAGUUAAGGCAUACGACGAGAAGAUUGACAUUUGGGCCACCGGUGUCCUUGUCUAUGAACUACUUGUGGGGCGUCCUCCUUUCGAGGUUGACGACCCACAGGAAACGGCACGACUUAUUUUAUCUGGUCAGGCAUCGGACUUCCCGGUCCACAUUUCCCAGUAUGCCCGUGAUUUCGUAGCCCAGGCUUUGACGAAAGACGCCGACCUACGGCCGUCGGCAGAGCAGCUAUUACAACACCCGUGGCUCCGUCAUUACUUCGGAGGGAAGAUACCGGAUCCGUCAGUGGCGACGGGUGGCUUGAUCACUGUUGGCGUGCUGAAAUCGUGGCUGGCGGCCAGCUGGUGA